UGUGGACAUGUUCUGAUCCAUGAAAUCUCAGUCAGUCCCAGCUGUUUGGAUCAUGGUCACAUCCCAAGUCCUUCCUGGGUGUCCCCUCUCCCCCUUUUGGUCUUAACCUCUGAGGGGCCGGGUUGGGACCUCCUCCAACACAUCAUCAAUCACGGAACGCAACAAACUUCAGCUGGACUUUUCUUCUCUUUAAAAAGGACCGCUAAGAAACUUGCUCCUGGGGGAUUGUGGAAUGUUUUUUUUCUCCCCAACUUCCCAGAUACUUCAUGAAAUUUGACAUGUCAGUGGAGAUUAUUGCCUGAGUUCUGUCAGUCUUGAUGAUUUUGUGCGCCUUGGGACCAUCGCAGUCUCAGUAAGCGCGGAGACUCUUUUGGGUUCUGAUGAGAGAGUGGACGGACUUGGACAUGAACUUCUGCUCAGCGGGAGGUUUUCUCCCCGCCUCGGACUCUUACUGCCCCAUGGAGCAGCCACAGUUCUACGACAUGUUGGCAGACCCUCUGGGCUACCCUCUGCCGGACCCGGACCUGCACCUGCUCCCUCACAGCCCACAGCAGUACAACCCAGCCAGUCUAUCCUUUCCGGUAUACGGCUCGCCGUCGUCCUCCACGUCCUCGUCCUCCUCGCAGCCCACACUGUAUCAUUUGGGCCCUGACUUCUUGGAGGGGCCCUACGAUCCCACUCCGCUUGAGCCGCACUGUGGAGUCCCGCCUCAGGGCCUCCUUCCUACGGCACGAAGAUCCAUCGGUAGAAUCCGAGCUCAUGACGAACUGUGUGUAGUGUGCGGGGAUAAAGCGUCAGGGUAUCACUACAACGCGCUGACCUGCGAGGGAUGCAAAGGUUUCUUCAGGCGCAGCGUAACCAAAAAGGCAGUUUACCACUGUAAAAGAGGCGGCGGCUGUGAGAUGGACAUGUAUAUGAGGAGAAAAUGUCAGGAUUGUCGACUCAGGAAAUGUCGCGCGGUGGGAAUGCUGGCUGAGUGCCUCCUGACGGAGGUUCAGUGUCAGUCCAAACGACUGAGGAAAGGAGGAAGAGGAAGCCGACAGGGAGAAGAGCAGAGUGUAGACAGCAAGCAAGUCAGUUCCACCAGCAGACGUCGUGAACAACCUGUCGUUGCAUGCAGUUUAAACCGGGAACAGAAGCACACCGUCGACAAGAUGGUGGAGGCUCAUCGAGUGUGUCGAGUUCAGUACAACGACCACUGCAGGGCGUUUGAUUGGAUGCAUGCAGAGGAAGGGGAGGGACUUCCGGAGGCUACAUCAUCUCACCUGCAUAGGGUGCUGCAGUUUGCCAGGACCGUGCCCGGUUUUGAUUUGUUGGACCUGUCAGACCAGCGCUGCCUCCUCUCAGCAUCUUCUCUGGACCUUAUGUUUCUGCUGUCCGCCCAAAACUUCGCCAGUAACCCGACUGCAAGGCCCACUGCAGUGCUGCAGCUUUUCAGCACAUCAACACACGACUGUCUGAGAUUCUUUGGCUCAAAGGACAAUAUCCAAAGACGCGGUGAAGACCUCUUGAGCCCUGUGCUCAACUUCUUUCACAGCAUGGUGGCGCUGCAGGUGACGGAGGCAGAGUAUGUCCUGCUUGGUGCCACCGCUCUUCUCUGCUCAGACAGUGCAUCGCUGCUGGCCUCCAGCUAUGUGGAAAAAAUGCAAGAGCUGAUUCUGGACCUGCUGUCCCGCAUGUGCGGGAUUCGGGCUGGAACGGUGGGUGGCAGGCCUCAGAGGUUUGGUCGUCUUUUGGGACGGCUGACGGAGAUUCGGACGCUUCGUCACAAUUACCAUCUCCUAAUCCAACACAACUAUGGAGCCUAAUGGAACAUCUCGGGGUCUUAUUUACAUUUUGUGUGCUGUAGAACAGGAAAUUGUUUAACCUGCAGUUAAAUUUUUUGUGCAGCGCUCCUAAUCAAUUAUUUCAACCGAUUCAUUCUACCAGAGCAUGAGUGGAUAAAGUACAGUAUGCAGGCCUACUCAAUUAUUUAGUCUGGACUUCUGAGCAUUUGCAUUGCCAAGUCCUGUUGGAAUUAAUUUAGUAGUUUCAGUGGUUAGCUGAAAUGUAUUUAUUUUUUUUUAUUUAUAUUAUUCAUGUCAUUAAAUCUUUAGAUCGGUUUAUUGUAAAUGACAAACAUUAACAUUAUUGAAAUAAACAAUUUUACAUCAACAACCAAAACUGUUCAAAGUAAUUGGAAUCAAACUAAUUCUAAACGAUUAAAGAAAUGACUAUAAAUUUAACAAAAAAAUCAUAGAUGUAUUGAACACAUACUGGUUUUCAAACUGUAAUAACCCAGAGGUGACAAAGAGUUGUCAGUAAUGGAAUACAGUAUUACAUAUGGUGUAACAUGGUUGUUGCACCAUAUUAACAGUCAAAUUGAAUAGAACAUUUGAAAACCAUAGAGAUAUUAUUUAAGACCAAAACAUGAUGUCGCAACAAUUUCUGAUUAAGAAAAAAAUAAUUCUUUCACUGUAAACUUUCACAGCUGCCACAGACUGCAAGUCUUUUUCAUCUUUCAUUUGCGACUUGACGGCUUUGACCCACAUGUCCCUAAUGAAAAAGUCUUUUGCAAGACUUUGCACUGGGCAGUGCGGGCACUGUUGUAAUUUUCCCCAGGGGCCAAACACCUCUUAUAUAAACCAUCUUCCAUCCAAUUUUGAUUAAAAUUUCUCUUCACAAUCUCUGCAUAUUCCCGCUCACCUCUACAACCGCGAAUAACCAGGAAAAUAGCAUAAAUGCGAAAACUCAAGUCACUGACCUAUGAUGAGGUGUCAGACAGCGUACCGUAAAGUAGGGUGACCAUAUUUUGAUUUCCAAAAAAGAGGACACUCGGCCUGAGCUCGAGAUACUUGAAUCUUACUCAAAGAUAUCACUUUAAUAUGUUUAUGUUUGUGUGCAAACCAUGUGUCUGAAUAGAAAAUUUCAGUUUUAUUUAUAUAAAAAAAUACCCAUAUAGUAUAUAACCAAAGAAACAAAUUAAAAUUCUCAGGUUACUCAAAAGGCUUUAUUAUUCCUAAAAAAUAAUCGAACAAUAAAUAAAAACGCAUAAAAAAAACAAAAAAAAACAUUGCAUUAAGUAAUGAUAAAAAAAAUAAUAAUAUAAUGCACACCCAUGGAAAUGUAGUCCAGUCAAUACACACACACAGUAGGGCUAUGUCCCGACUAAACAUUUUCAUAAACUACUAUCAUGACAAUUGUCGUUGACAAAUUGUUAUUCCCAUUCAAUUAUUAUUCUGAUUCAACUUUCUAGAUUGCGCGCAAACAGUAACUGAAAUAAACUGACAAACUAAUCAACCAGCAUGUUUCAGAGCGUAGUUUAAAACUACAUUUCCCAUGAUGCCUAGCGCAGCUUAGCUCAUUGACAGCUACCCUAUAGACCCUACUCACCAACGUCACAGAAUGACGUGUCGCUGUAUCCGGCCACCAUAUUGUCCGUCUCUGUUUAGCCCUAUUCUCAAUGGUUUCAAUUAGUCGUUCAGUUUAUAGAGCAAUUCAUGGACGCCCCGGUGCUUUCAGACGCUGUAAACUCAUUGGAUGCAUUGCAUAAAAGGCGUUAUGUGGAAAAGCUUCAGUCUAUCCAUUCGCCAGAUCCAUAUUUGAUGCCUAAAUCGAUAUUUUUCGACCCGCUGUCUUCGCCGUCUCUGCCUGACAUCUGCUACCCUGAUAUGUACAACUAUCUUGUCUACACAAAAUCUUUUGUGUAAAAAAUUUGAAACUGUAUGUUGUCGGCGAUUAGCCUCGCAAUGAUCUUAAUUGUGGUUGUCAGCCCAAAACCCUCUAAAUAUAUAUUAAAUGCAUCUUACCAAAUAUAAAAUGACUACUACAUAAUCCGUGGUAAUCGUUUGGAGCCCAGUUUUCUCGUCGAAUUGCAGCAGUCCAUCUCGCUCUCCUCUCCGGGUCUCUCGGAAUACGGUAGAACUUCAAGUCUCUCCGUCUGUCUUCUCUGUUAUUGCAACCAACCGCCACACACGCCUUCACCAUUUUGAUUAUUAAUGUUAACGAGCAGAAAAACACGCCAUAAUAGGAGGAAUUUACGUAGCGGUAAUGCGUCAAAACGACGAGUAGACGGACAAUAUGGCGCGGAGGCGUG